AUUGACAGUCAAUAUUAACAACUGACAAUCGCAGUCUAACCUAUAUCAAAAAACCAGGACCGAUUUUAUCCUUUUCCAGUUGUUAACAAUAGUUUAAAAAACGUAGCAACGUCGUUUUGUGUUGUAACCUUAAAGAGAAAACAUUGAACUUAUAAGUAAAAAGUUAUAACUCAAUUGAUCUAUAAUGGAACCAGAGGAGCAUUUAUUAGCAUUGAAAGUAAUGCGUCUGACUCGACCUACAUUGGCCUGUCCCCUGCCUGUAACUUGUGACAGCAAAGACCUACCAGGAAACUUAUUAAACCUUGCACUCCAGCAAGACCCUACUGCUGUCAAAGGAACUGAAACACUCUGCACAGGCCAAUUUUUGCUUCUACCUCAAAGCCCUGUUAACAUUUACUUAGGAGAAACCUUCUCUAGCUACAUUUGCGUUUACAGUGAAACUCAACAGACUGUUAGCAAUGUGACUGUGAAAGUUGACUUACAGACUAGUUCACAGCGACUACCACUAUCUAUUAAUCCACCAACGCCCCAGCUUACACCUGAAGAAACAGUCAAUAUUGUCAUCCACCACGAAGUGAAAGAAAUUGGAAAUCACAUACUUGUUUGUGAGGUUUCAUACCAAAAUGCUGCUGGAAUGUUAAAAUCAUUCAGGAAGUUUUUCAAAAUACAAGUUUUGAAACCACUUGACGUGAAAACAAAGUUUUAUAACGCGGAAAAUGAUGAUGUGUAUUUGGAAGCGCAGGUACAAAAUAUAACAGCAGGACCUAUUUGUUUGGAAAAAGUGGCAUUAGAUGCGUCUCAUUUAUUUAAAGUUACAUCUCUCAAUGUAGCCCCAACAGGUGAUAGCAUAUUUGGAAAAACAACUCUUUUAAGUCCACAGUCUAUUUGCCAGUUUUUGUACUGCUUAUCACCCAAUGACAAACUGUCAUCUGAUUUAAAGAGUUUAAGUGGCGCCACCAACAUUGGGAAACUAGACAUUGUGUGGAGGUCAAACUUGGGGGAAAGAGGGAGACUGCAGACAAGUCAGCUGCAACGCAUGGGACCUGAUUAUGGAGAUAUUCGGCUAUCUGUCACUGAAUUACCAAACUUUGUGGUUCUGGAAAAAUUAUUUACUUUUAAAUGUAAAUUAGUUAAUAACUGUGAAAGAACUGUAGACUUAACGUUGUAUUUGGAAAAUUCUGAUGGACUUGUUUGGUGUGGAAUUUCUGGACAAAAAUUGGAAUCGUUAACGCCACAUUGUACAAGAAUUAUAGAAUUUAAAGCGAUGCCGUUGAUUCCAGGUUUACACACCCUUUCUGGUAUUAAAUUGGUAGACACAUUCCUCAAAAGAACUUACAGUUAUGAUGACUUGGGUCAGGUCUUUGUGAUUAUAGAUGAAAAUGGCGAAUAUGGAAAAUGUAUUUAAAACAAUAUUAUGCAGUAUAUAAUUGUAAUAUAAAUUAUCAUACAUGUCUUGAAAGCAUAAGCCAAAAUAAACUGAAUUAGUACCUUU